AUGCUUAAUUUAAAAACUGAAGAGUCUUAUGGAUCAAAUUCAAUAAAUAGAUUUGAUUAGUAAAUGUAAAAUUCUGAUCGAAAAUUUGUUUUACAUGCUAAUUUGAAUGAAAUAUCCAGAAAACAUUAUCAUCACGAAAGAAAAUUGGUUCUACCUUAAAUCUAAGUUUCUCAUUCUUAAACAGAAUAAUCAGAUGAAAGAGAUACUGGUAUUCAUAUGUUCAAAAAGUAAUUGGAAUGCAUUAAAUUACCUGAAAUUGAUGAAAAGUUUUUUAUAAGAAGGUCUUUCAAUAUAGAUUUGAUGAAUAAACCGAAAGUUUAUUCUCAUUCACAUUAAGUAUCAAGAGAAGAAUAUGAAUUUGCAAAUUCAGAGAAAAAUAUUGAUGUUUUAAUCACAAAAAAAGUUGAUUUUUAAGAAGAUGUAAUGAUUUAUGAUUAUGUCAAUCAAACUUAUAAAAAAGAUAGCAUAAAUGGAUCAGCUAAAUCUUCUAAAUUGAAAAGGUAAAAUACAAGAAAACUAAGUGAUGAUCUCACCUAAACAUACAAAUAAAAUUAAAAAAUGAAUAACUUAUUUAAAUUAAAUCCCAAAUCUCGUUUUUUUGAAGAAAACACUAAAGAAUCACAAAAACUUAUCAUAAAUUAAAAUCUAGUAAAUGAUAAUAUUUGA